GGCUCCCUGUCCUACUCGGGGAAUUAGCCUUUUCUUUUCCCACCGUCCCUCCCUCCUCUUUGCACCUUGGAGAGAGUGCUCCCAUCCAGCAGCAGCACUGCUCAUUUCUGAGGGAGACAAUGGAGCAGAGUAUUUAGGACACUUGGCAGGGUAGGCAUGGUGGAGGGGCUGAGUAGCUCAUCUUGUCACAUAGCCACUGGCAUGAUAGCUCUCCACAGCAAGGAAAACCAGGCGGUCCUGCUAAUGUUCCAUCAGCUGAGCUUCUAGCUGUUACCCCACCAGGUGGUCCUCGCUUCAACAUCAUGCUGCAACUCACCCUGCUCCUCCAUCUCCUGGUCCUCCCUCUCUGCUUUGCAGAUGCAUCAACACAUGGGGAGUUACCUGACUUUUAUAGAGAUGAAGCCACAGGUUACGGGCCAGUGUUUGAGGAGCAGCCGGUGGAAACCAUUUACCCGGAGGAGUCGCCCGAGGCAAAGAUCACCAUGAGCUGCCGGGCCCGGGCCAACCCACCUGCCACAUACAAGUGGAUGCUGGAAGGCAUGGAAAUUGACAUGAAAGCACAAAGCAGUCACUACAGAUUAGUAGGAGGCAACCUAGUCAUUAGCAAUCCCAUAAAAACCGAACAUGUAGGAGAGUACUUGUGUUUGGCUAGCAACCUGCACGGGACGAUCAUCAGCCGAAAAGCCUCGGUCCAGUUCGGAUACCUGGAUCUGUUCUCGUCGGAGGAGAGGGAGUCGGUGUACGUCAAAGAGGGGCAGGGGGCCGUGCUGCUCUGCGCCCCCCCGCCACAUUAUCCAGCCGAGCUGUCGUUCCGAUGGAUCCUCAAUGAAUUCCCCACCUUCAUCCCGCUGGACAAGAGGCGUUUUGUCUCCCAGAUAACGGGUAACCUCUAUAUCUCCAAGGUGGACUCCUCUGACAGCGGCAACUACUCCUGCAUCGCCUCCAGCCAGUCCAUUUCCAAAAGCGUUUUCUCCAACUACAUCCCCCUCGUACCUCUGGCUGAGCGUCCCAUCAGGAAAUACCCAGCUGACCUCAAAGUCAAGUUCCCAGACACCAUUGCUUUGGUGGGGCACAACAUCACAUUGGAGUGCUUCGCUUUGGGGAACCCCGUCCCUGAGAUCCGCUGGAAGAAGUUGGACGGACAGAUGCCGCCCAAUCACGAGGUGCGGAUGGCGGGGGCUCAUCUGCACCUGUACAACGUGCAGUUUGAAGACGGAGGCAGCUAUCAGUGUGAGGCAGUGAACUCCAGAGGAAAGGACUACCACGCUGCACGUCUGUCUGUAGAAGCGUUUCCUGCGUGGGUGCAGCACAUCAGCAGCUCAGAGAAAGACCUCGGUAGGGAUUACACCAUGUCCUGCAAAGCAAGCGGCCAACCUGAACCAAGCAUUCGUUGGCUGAUAAAUGGAGAACCGUCCAACAGGAAAGACAUGAGGUUCAGCAGGUUGGCGUUUGGUAAUUCAGGGAUGUACCAGUGCAUUGCAGAAAAUCACCACGGGAUCAUAUAUGCCAACGCAGAGCUGCGAGUGUAUGCGUGUGCUCCCACAUUCAAACACAACCCAUUGAAGGACUUGAUGGCACCUAAAAAUGGCCGUGUGGUGAUUGAAUGUCGACCAAAAGCGGCUCCAAAGCCCACCUUCUCCUGGAGCAAAGGCACCGAGCUGCUCUCCAACUCUAGCAGGGUGUUCAUCUUGGAGGAUGGGAGCCUGGAGAUUCUCAACGUGACGCGGGCAGAUAAAGGACGCUACACCUGCUUCGCCGAGAACGACCGGGGCAAGGCCAACAGCACGGGGGAUCUGUUGGUCACAGAUUCCACUAAGAUCACGUUGGCACCGGCCAAUGCUGACGUCAAAGUGGGUGAGACCAUCGCGAUGCAGUGUGCAGCGUCACAUGACACCACUCUUGACAUCACCUUCAUCUGGUCCCUGGAUGGCCGGGUCAUUGACCUACACAAGGAAAGCCAACAUUAUGAACGCACCCUGAAUGGAAGUUCAAACGGUGAGCUGCUGAUUAAGAACGUCCAUCUGAAGCACACUGGACGCUACACCUGCACUGCCCAGACCCCCAUCGACAACAUGACCGCCUCGGCCCACCUGGUUGUCAGGGGUCCCCCCGGAGCCCCAGGUGGGGUGCGAGUGAUGAACAAAACUGACAAGAGUGUAACGUUGCAGUGGAGCCGCGGAGCAGACAACCAUAACCCCAUCACCAAAUAUACCAUCCAGUACAGGGACCCCUUCUCAAAGGAUGUCUGGAAGAAUGCCACUACAUCUCCUGCAGAUGUAGAAGGGAAUACAGAGAUGACCACAGUGGCGGAUCUGAUCCCCUGGAUUGAGUACGAGUUCAGAGUGAUCGCCACCAGCACCUUGGGGACAGGAGAGCCAAGCAGCCCGUCACAUAAAGAGAAAACGCUGGAAGCAAUUCCUGUGGUGGCGCCCUCUGAUGUGGGCGGUGGCGGAGGGACCAGCAGAGAGCUGACCAUCACGUGGACGCCUGUACAGCCGCAGUACUACUAUGGGCCUAACUUUGGCUACAUUGUGGCUUUCAAACCACACGAUGGAGCGGAGUGGAUGCGGGUGACGCUGGCCGACCCCCAGGCCAAGCACUACGUCCACAAAGACGCCGCCAUCCCUGCAUCCACGGAGUUUCAAGUCAAGGUCAAAGCGUUUAACAGCAGAGGAGAGGGACCCUUCAGCCUAACAGCCAGAAUUUACACUGCACAGGACGCUCCAUCUGAAGCUCCUGUCAUUGUAGAUGGCAAAUCUCUCUCUGCCACAGAAGGCACCUUGCGCUGGCUGCAUCUCGCACAGAGCAAUAUAGACGGAUACCAGGUGAAGUACUGGAUGAGUGAAGAGGACACUGAGGGGGGGGCCCAGAGGGUGGUGGUCAGCGCCAAUGAGAACAGCACCAGGCUGGAGGGCAUGAAGCCCUUCUCCUACUACCUGGUGGAGGUCCGGGCGUACAACUCUGCAGGAUUUGGGCCGGCCAGCGAGCCUUUCCAGAUCCUCACCAAGAGACCCCCUCCAAGUAGAGCUCCCAAAAUAAUUGGGAAAAAGAUUAAAGGCGACAAAUUGAAUAUCGCCUGGGAAAUGGUGGAACCGAUUGGUAACGAGGCGUCGAUAAAUGGUUAUAAAGUGCUGUACAGGCGGCAGGGGCACACCGAGAAUAAGCUGUUCGUAACCAACAAGGAGUACAUCAACCUCCCCCUGCCCGAGGGGGGGAACUGGGUGGUGGAGGUCCGGGCGUUCACAGAGGGGGGGGAUGGGGCCGUGUCACAAAUCUACGUCACAGGUGGGGGGGUCCUGGCCGCCCCGGCUCUCAGCCUCCUCUCCCUGCUCCUGCUGGCCCUCCUCUGCCUGAACCUCUGAAUGUAGCGCCAUCUUUGUCCUUCGUGAAGGAGACUCUUUACGGGGACUUUGGGAUUAUUUCCACUAUCUUUUGGUUCCACCCCGUAACCCCCAGGACGUUAUAUAUUCCAACUCCUGCCCUCUGGGAUAUGUUUGUGGAAAUAUACACAGAAAUUGAAGAAUUGGACAAAGACAUCCCUUAUGUAUCCAUAAAAAGCCUCUUUGGAGGGGUGUCAAAAGAGUCAACUUAAAUAUGCCUUAUAUAAACGACUGCACUUAUCUUUCACAAUGACUUGUUUUAAAAUGGAUCAUGACUGGAAGUGUGAGCAUUACACUUUAUGUUGGCUGUUAAGUCUUUUUACAUCAUGAAGCCGACCUUUCUUAUAUGCUGUAGAUAAAAACGCUGUUUGUUCAGAAAUGUGGGCUUCAUUUGAUUUAGGAUAUUUUAGAAAAUCUAUCCCACAGUGCAUUCCAUAGUAUAAGGUUAACAAGUAGCUGUGAAAGAUAAGUGUAUACGUUUAUAAAAAUGUCUUUAUGUCUUUCUUUACUUGCAGUUCAGUGGCAUUUUCUUUUUUAAAUGAAGCACACCCUUUGUUACAAAGAUACAGUCAAAGCAAAUCUCUUUCUUUCAUACUUGAUUCUUAUUAUUAACAAACAUAGAGAAACAAGUCAUGCUGAAAUAAUGCAUCCAAUAAUUGAUAUUGUUUUUUAAUCUAAUAUGCUAUGGAUGUUAUUUGAACAAAAAGAAGAAUGGUUUGACCUUCAAUCAGUGCUCUUGUACAAACCAUAACAUGAGCUCAAUUGAUAGAAAACCACUGUCAAAACUGUGUGCAUGUCAACAUUGUUACAUGGAAGAAGAGUUAAAAAAGUGUGUUGGAGUUCAGCGAAAUGGAUCCAUAUUAAAAAAGCGAUAUAUAUAUAUAUAUAGUAUAGCACACCAUAGGAGCAGGAAGUGAACCGAACAACGUAUCAGACAUGCUGUGUCCAAUUUAAAACUUCAGCAGAAGACUGUGGUUAUUUUUAUUGCCGGCCACCUCUAGUAUAUUUGUAAAACGGUGCAGUGAUCAAGGCUUUGCCACAACAUCUGGGUCAUUGUUGAAUUGACUAAAAAAAAACUUUUGUUUUGACUGUAUCAUUAGGACCUCAGUGGUACCAGCGGGUGCUUUGUAAAGAAUGUUGGCAUUUUAUUUUGUGUAAUCAUUUUCCUCGUUUAUGGCUUUGUGUGAGAGUCACUAUUAACAGUUAUAGUGAAAGGUAGCGACGCUCAUGCCCUCCAAUAAUUGUGCAAUGUACGAUUCAUCUGUGGCUACUUUAUCUUUUACUACUAAGACAACUUGCCUAGCUCCUUUAACAGUAAUCUUGUAUAUAUAAUUUUUCAUUAUCUGGCAUUAGCAGACGAAAAGCAAAGCCAUCCAUGUCAGUGGAGCCCAUCAAAAUCUCAUGACAUUGUUUCCACUGAACCGUUUUUGUCUUUUUAUUAACAUGUGAUCAGAGAUAUAUAAACAUUAUCAACUGUUGUCGUUUUUUUGUUUACUAUUAUUAUUUUGUAUGUCAUGACCCACUUCUGGUUGGACAGUUUAAAACAUUAUUUCCCUCGAAUGGAGGAGAACGAAUGCUGCGUGUUGAAUUCCUCCGAUUCAUUUCCUGUGAGACUGAUGCUGGCCAUGCUUCUACAUCGUGACUAUAUCAACAUCCACCACAAAGUGCUUUUCCCAGUUUUACUUCAUGCGACAAAUCAUAAAAGAGUUGCCAAAUGCAUGAAUGCCUUGAACUUUUGGACGAAGCGGCGGCUCUACAUUCUAACAUGCAUGACACUGGAGACGAAGCGGUACAUUACUUUGCAACAAAUCGUCAUCAUAGCAACUUGUCAACCUCUCAGCUUCAUGUGAAAUACAUUCCAUUCCCGAGUGACAUCCCUUUACGUCAGAGACCGUGUCGAGCCUAAAUCUGUGUUGUUAAGCUUCAUUAAGCCAGUCAUCUCAUAUGAUGUCUCUGGGAGAGGAUUUUUUAUGGAGAAAGUCUUAAACUGACUAAAGGAAUCUCACUCAUUCAUGUUCAGAAAUGGUCCUGCAGACUCAUACACGAUGGAGGCGGUUUGAUAGCAUCCGUGGCGGCAUGUUUGGCUGUUAGCUGGAAGUUCAGUGCUUCGCUGGACUUGAAUGGCACUUGUGAGGGAUGAAACUGGAACCUAUCAUUGGCUGGAAAAGGAACAAUAAAAGUGUAGUUAACUAUUAAAAUGCUCUCAUGUGUUA